CACCCCCACCUCUACCUAGUUUUGUUGCGCGGCGUGGGCUCGGUGACUGCACAGUAGACGCUCAGGGCAGGAGAUGGAACUUUGAAGCACAGACGAUACAGGGGCGACACUCGGGGAAUAAACAGACAAAAUGUCGCAGAAAAUGCCUUCGUUGAUGCCAGAAGAUGUGGAGAACCUGCGGAGAAGGUCCGUGGCUGAAUGUUCAGAAAACCAUGUAGAUCCUGAACAGCAGCCACGGCUACCAUCCCAAACUGACAGGCUCUCUGUUGGCCCCCAGUACCCAGAGCUCAACAUAGUGGAAGCAUCCCCUAUAGAUGCUUCUGCACACCACGUCUGCCACUAUGCACCAAAAUGCUUCCUCACUGUCCACAGAGAGAACUCUAUAGGUCAUGAACAGGAUCACCAUUUUCCAUGGCGGCCACCCCAAGCUGAUAGGCUCUGUGUUGGCCCCCAUCAUCCAGAGCUAGGCACAGCAGAGACACCUCCCCCAGAUGCUUCUGCACACCACUUCUGCCACUAUGCACCAAAAUGUUUCCUCACCGUCCACAGAGGAGGACAUGGCACCUCAGCCUGGUCUAUUUCAUCACGGCAUGGAGAAGAGGGUUGGCAUGAAGCCACCACAAGGACUACAGUCCGAGCUGAGAAUGAGGUGGAGGCACACAGGGAAGCCAACAACUACAAGUUUGGCUUCAGAAAGUGGAAGGGCCAUGUAACGGAGAGGCCCAUUGAAGACAGAUCAGACAUCGUCAAAGAGCUGUACUCUGAUCUCAGCAUUGUUAAGCCUCAAAAAGGCUCAGUGGUAACCUUUGGGAACAUAGUUUAUGUAUUUUUAUUUGGAUGGUGGAUGUCUUUAAUCUACUUCCUCAUAUGUCCUGUAAUGUUUCUCACAAUCUGUGGUGCCCCUUAUGGCAAACUUUGUUUGAAGAUGGCGUGGUACUUCAUUUGGCCCUUUGGGAAGUUGGUAGGGAAGGCUUGUUAUCAAGUGAAGAGACCCAGUGCGAAGCCUCCAAAGUGCGAAAUCAUUCCUGAAGGGGACACUGAAGACGGCAAAGACCUUGCCAGGGACAAGGAAUCUGCACCCCUUAUGGUCCCAACAAGGGUUAAGGAGGACUUAACCCCUGUUGGGAUCCCUUUCCCAGGACUGCCAGCUAGAAAAAUGUCAAAGCACUGGGUAAAAAAGUGUCGCAUUAGUACUUGUGUUUGGUUACUACUGGGUUACCCUGUCCUGGCUGUGGUCCACUCCCUGGCCUGUGUACUCUCCUGGUUUCUGGUCUUUACCAUCCCUGUAGCCAAGAUGAGUGCUCGCACACUGAGCACUGUGCUCCUCAUGGCACCAGAGGAUGUCCAGAUCCACAGAUUGGAAAAGGGACUUGUUUCUGAGACCAAAGUCGUCCUGUGCUGUUAUCAAGCAUCUAAUGUGUAUUACUACAAAUACACCGUCCAAGGAUUCAACAUCUUUGGUCUCAACCUGCUUCCUCUGGUGUUGACUAGUUUGGUUAUUGGCUAUACUGACAGUGAACACCGAUACUUCAGUUCAGAGGUCAAAUUUGCUACAGCCAUCACUUCCAUCAUUCCUCUGUCCUACUAUAUUGGCAUGGGAAUAGCCAGCAUUUCUGCACAGAGUAACUUUGCAUUGGGAGCGGUGGUAAAUGCGACUUUUGGCUCCAUCACAGAGCUGACGUUCUAUAUCACAGCACUGCUGCGGGGUCACCGUGCUGCCAGCAAAUGUUAUGAAGAGAUUGUCAAAGCUGCACUCACUGGGACCCUGAUUGGCUGUAUAUUGUUCAUACCUGGUGUUUGUAUGAUCAUUGGGGGCAUUAAACACAGUGAGCAGCAGUUUAACAGUCGUUCAGCCGGAGUGGGCUCAGCUUUGCUCUUCAUAUCCAUAGGAGGUGUGUUUGCUCCCACCCUCUUCUCCAAGACCUUUGGUAAUUUGGUUUGUGAAAGCUGCACCAAUGUCCCAGACAAUGCCAGUGUACCCUUGAACUGCAAGAGCUGUCACUACGACAUGAGUCAGACUGGCCCACAUUUGAUCCUGUCUAAUAUUGAGCCUCUGGUGUACACAAUUUCAGUGCUGCUGCCAGCUGCAUACUUCAUUGGUCUCAUCUUCACGCUGAAGACCCACUCGCACAUCUAUGAUAUCCAGAUCAGUGGUGAACAAGGGGGCCAUGCACAUGGUCAUGUGGUCCACUGGUCCCGGUGGAGGGCUCUUGCAGUGCUGAUUGUUGCCACAGUGCUGAUGGCCUGCUGCGCUGACCUCAGCACAGACAACAUCCAGCCCUUACUGUCCCAUUACUCCAUCUCCCAGUACUUCAUUGGUGUCACAGUGUUGGCCAUGGUGCCAGAGCUUCCUGAGAUUGUCAAUGGGAUCCAGUUUGCAUUGCAGAACAACAUCAGCCUGAGCCUUGAAGUGGGUAGCUGCAUUGCUGUGCAGGUCUGCAUGAUUCAGAUUCCACUGCUUGUCCUCUUCAAUGUAUUCUAUGAUGUUGGAUUUGUGCUCGUGUUUAGUGAUAUUCAUCUGUGGGCCAGUAUCUUUAGUGUCAUUCUGGUCAACUACAUCUUCAUGGAUGGAAAAUGUGACUACUUCCAGGGCACUGCUUUAGUGGUGGUUUACCUCAUCCUUUUGGCUGUUUACUUCUUUGCACCUUCUCCAGGAUCUUGUUGAUCUGCUUGCCAUGAAAUAUAUUGAAGGUCCAAAAAUGUAUGACACUUAGACUUUGAGUAUUUGUAUAAUCUUCAAGUGGUGUGUGUGUUCAGUGGCACAAAAGAUGGAAAAAGAAUUGGAUUAUGUUUUGAAUAUCACAGUGGAACUGUAAGUGAACAGCUGUCUGCUUUUCGUGAACAUAUUGGAUGAUAUUUUGUGUGCUUUAAACAUUUCUCCAGUUUUGGUUUUGCUCUUGUAUUUAAAUAUAAAAUAGUUUGUUGGAAUUAAUAAAUGCAUCAAUUUAUAAAAA